AUGGCCGCAGCGACUCUGAGGCAAAUUUGCCUGGAGCUUCUGUUUGCAUCUGGAAUUGUAAGUCUGGACUGCAGUCAAAUUGCACAGUCUCAAAAGAGUGAGAACGGGAAGACCAUGAAGCUUUUGAAAGCCCUUGGAGGCAGACAGCAGCCUCUUCCUGAGUGCCUCACAAGAAGCUUCGGCUUCCCCUUGCAACAACUCCUCCAGGCCAGCAAAGAGGAUGCCAGACGGGCAAUAGGUCUUAUCCUUGAAGAGAUCCUGGACGUAUUUCAGCUCAACUUCACUCAAGCUGAAUGGAACAUGAGUGACACAGACCUUCUCCAAAAGGCCCUGUUUCAACAAGUUAUGCAAUGGAAGGGGUGCUCUGUGGAAGAAAAAGGAGAUCCCUCCACAUUUAAAGAUCGCCGACUAAGGCUAAGACUGAAGAAAUACUUCCUAGGAAUCCAUAGAUUCCUAACAGAGGAAGAAUUCAGCUUUUGUGCCUGGGAGGCUGUGCGAAUGGACAUCUUGAGGAGUGGUUACAUAGCUCUUGAUCAACUGGUCAAGGCUUUAAUGGUAUUUUGUUUCAUAGGGGACUGCAGGUGGCGCAGUGGUUUAUGGAAUGAUUCAUCUCAAGAAGUAAUCCCAGAGACAAGCAGAUUUUCCUAA